CAGUCUCGAGGCGGCAGCCCCCGGCGGCAGACGUCUUAAUUAGACGCGCUGGCACGAGCUUUCUCGCGUGCGCGCGCGCGCGCGUGGGAGCGAGCUUCCGCAGCCGCGGCAGAGGGCACAGAGGCGACAGCGACGAGCGACAAGAUUGAGCGGUGAGCGCGCGGAGUAGGCGCCAAAGGAUGAGCGACUACGGACGCCGUGGCGGCGGUGGGAGACGAGGCGGCCGGGACGAGGAAGACGAGGACGAGGACUACGAGUACGAGAGGCGUCAUCGCGGAGGAGGAGGAAGAGGAGGAGGAGGAGAUGAUGGUGGUGGUGGCAGUCGCGAACGCGGUGGUCGAGAUCAGGACCGCGGCGGUGGUGGCCAGGAGAAGCUGCAGCGCCUCGACAGCAUCCAAGAUCCCGGCAAGAGAUACGUGCUGCGAGAUCGCAUCGGCAGUGGCGUUUGCGGCGACGUCUACGAGGCCGUCGACGAGGAAGCCAGCAGAAAAGUAGCCAUAAAGAUUCAGAAGCUGACUCCGGAGACGCAGCCGCUGAUAGUGGAGGAGUACCGAGUGCUACGCGACUUCUCAGAGCACCCGAACCUGCCGAGCUUCUACGGGGUGUACCGCAAGCGCUCCGGCAGGAAGACAGAGUACGACCAGAUCUGGUUCGUGUUGGAGUUGUGCGACGGAGGCCCCGUCAUCGAUCUCGUCCGGGGCUUACAGAUGACCGACAAGAGAAUGCGAGAGGAGCACAUCGCUUAUAUACUCAGGGAAACCAUUAAGGCUCUCGUACACCUGCACGAGAACAACGUGCUGCACCGCGACAUUCGCGCCUCGAACAUCAUGUUGACGAAGGAAGGCGAGGUGAAACUUGUGGAUUUCGGCUUGGCGCGAAUGAUCAAGGGCGAAAUGGGCAAGCGGCACACGUGCAUAGGCUCGCCAAACUGGAUGGCACCGGAAGUCGUUUUGAGCAAAGCCGAGCAAGGGCCUGGUUACGGCAGCCGUGCCGACGUCUGGGCUGUCGGCAUCACUGCCAUCGAGCUGGGAGACGGCAACCCGCCUUUCCAGGAUAUGCAUCCGACCAGAGUGCUUUUUCAAAUCGUAAGGAACCCACCGCCCACCCUGUACAGGCCUUCCAAUUGGACGCAAAAUUUCAAUGAUUUUAUCGCUGAAUGCUUGGAAAAGAAUCCUGAAAACCGACCCUUCAUCGCUGAGAUUGUCGAGCAUCCCUUCCUAUCCGAGCUUCCGGAGAACGAUUUUCCGUUGACGCAAGAGAUAAAAGCGCUGAUGAACAACGUCGGCGAGAAAGGCAAAAAGCAUCGUAAAGCCGAGGCGAUAGUGCGCAAAGGCUAUCUAAAAACUCAUCAAACUCAGCUUCCCGAGCGCAUGUACCAAGAAGACUUGGCCGCGUUGGAGAACAUUACCGAGGAUCGCGUGCUCGACGAGUUGCAGGAGCGGCAAAGAUUGGGCUUCUUUCACACUUUCAUCGGUGACAUCCUGCUGAUUUUGAAUCCGAACGAGGAGCAGGAUAUCUACAACAUGACUUACCACACGAAAUAUCAAAAUAAAUCGCGAUCGGACAAUGCAGCUCACAUUUAUUCGGUAGCCGAUAGCGCGUACCAAGAUGUUCUUCACCACGAGGAACCGCAGCAUAUCUUGUUCGCUGGCGAAAGUAAUUCCGGCAAAACAACCAACAUGAUUCACUGUAUCACUCACCUGAUGUAUCUGGGAAAGGGUUUGAGGGACACUGGUGCCAGACUGCUCAAGGCGAUAAGCUUGAUUCAAGCUUUCACGAACGCCGCAACUCCGUUGAAUACAAAUUCAACGAGAUGCGUAUUCCAAGUACAGACGACUUACGGCUCGACUGGAAAAGCGUCGGGUGGUUUGUUCUGGCUUUACCAGCUGGAAAAAUUCCGAGUAUCCACUAGGGAUAGGAAUCAGUCGAAUUUCCACAUGUUCUACUACAUGUACGACGGCUUAGAGGCCUCGGGAAACCUGCGUCAAUACCUCUUACCGACCGGCCGUCGAAUGCGCUACUUGCGCGUUUUUGAUUCCGACUCGAUCGGCGGUCGGCGUCGUUCCUUCAAAGUUCGCAACGACCCACACGGCAACGCGAAGAAAUUCGAGCACAUCAAGGAAUGCCUGAAAGCUCUCGAGAUGGACGAGCACUGCGAGAUCAUUUGGCGAACUAUGGCAGCGAUACUGAUGCUCGGCGACGUGCGUUUCAUCGAGGGCGGCGGUGGCGAAGCCGAUGUUCACAACAUCGAGACGGCGAGAUCUGUCGCCGAGCUACUUCAUAUCGAUCAAAAGAAAUUUGUGUGGUCACUGGGUAAUUAUUGCCUGAUCAAAAAGGGAACUGCGGUCAGGAGAAGACUGACGUGCGACGAAGCCAAAGAGUCGAGGGACGUGUUGGCCAACACCCUUUACCAGAGACUGGUCGACUGGAUUGUUAACAACGUCAAUUGGAAGCUUAGCGUCUCGCGCACUUUGUUCGGCGACAAGUUUCUCAUUAGCCUCUUGGAUCUGUACGGGUUCGAGUGCUUCUCGAAGAACCGCCUAGAGCAAUUGGCCAUCAACACUAUGAACGAACAGCUUCAAUGCCACUACAACCAACGAGUUUUCGUUUGGGAAAUGCAAGAACAAGAGGAAGAAGAGAUACCAAUCGAGAAAUUUCACUUCUACGAUAAUAAAUAUUGUAUCGACCAGCUGAUGGCUAAAGACGACGGUCUGUUCUACAUCCUUGACGAGGCGUCUCGUCAACUCAAAGACACCGCUCACGUAUUCGAGCGAAUCAGUUAUCGUCGCAUCAGUGCUAACCAACAACAGCACAUCAAAGCUCAGAACGAUCACGAGUUUACCGUCGCUCACUAUACCGGCAAGUUGCUCUACGACGCGACGGAAAUAACGGAGAAGAAUCGCGAUUUCGUGCCGCCAGAGAUGAUCGAAACACUGAGACAAUCCGAGCACGCGACCGUCAGGGAAUUCUUCACCAAUAAGCUGACGAAAGGCGGCGCGUUGACCAUCCACAUCCCCGAGCCGUCGGACAAGGAAAAGGAGAAGCCGAAGAAAACCACCGCGAGGAGUAAGUGGGGCGCGGCGCUGUUACUUCAGUCGGAGCAGACGAAUCUCAGAAAAUACAACACGGAUUCGCGCGGCCAGUACUCGCAAACGCGCAAAAUGCGCACCUACGCAGCAACCUUCCGCGCGUCUAGUCUAGAAAUCCUAAAGAGUCUGACGGUCGGGGCAAUAAGCGGUGGUACCCACUUUGUCAGAUGCAUCAGAUCGGAUCUCGAGGGUCAGCCACGCGGCUUUUAUCGCGACAUUGUCAAGCAGCAAAUUCGCGCCCUCGCCGUCGUUGACACGGCAAGGGCUAGGCAGAGAGGUUUUCCAUACAGAAUACCAUUCCAGGAGUUUUUGAGAAGAUAUAAAUUCCUGGCGUUCGACUUUGACGAGAACGUGGAAAUGACACAAGACAACUGUCGACUUCUACUCGUCAGACUGAAGAUGGAGGGCUGGAUGAUCGGCAAAACCAAGAUAUUCCUCAAGUACUACAACGAGGAGUACAUGUCGCGAUUGUACGAGACGCAGGUCAAGAAAAUCGUCAAGGUGCAGUGCAUGAUGCGCGCGUUCUUAGCUCGCAAGACCAUCAAGACGGCUAUCAAGUCCCACGGCAGGAAGCAAGAAGCUGCGAAGAAAGCACCGGCAAAGACAGAGCCGCCAUCACCGAGCAAGAAAGUCCCAGUAAAUUCUCAAGCCAGUCACGAAAUGUCUCAAGACGAAGCAGCGUUAGUACUGCAGAAAGCUUACCGCGGACACCAAGUACGAAAGGAAACAGGAUCCCUUCUGAACAAGGACAUGAAUAUGGAUCCGGACACGGAAGACAUGAUGAGGUUUUACAGCAGCAAAUGGCGCUCGAAGAGCAUAUUCCAAGUCCUCCUACAGUACCGUGCAGCCCGAUACCAGGACCUCGUUCAUUUUUCUCAGCAAGUGCAUCUGUACAAUCAGGCGGUAGUAGGGGCAGUGCAAGCGAGUAACGAGCGCGUGCCCCUCGAAAGAAUCGACCCACAUGCAAAUCCAGCCACCUUCCUUGGCCCCGUGCGACCGCCAGAAGUUCAUAAGCUACCAUUCGACGUUCACAGCGAAUUGCCCUUCUACGACACAUCACGCAUGACUGAUCCAUCCAUGCCCCGCGUCAGGAGGCAAGGAUCCGCUUCGUCCUCGGUGUCGGACGACGAGCAGAAUUGGGACGAGCCAUUAAGGAGGCAAACGAAUUGGGGCAACAUCCGGCGCAACAAGAGAGAUGUACAAUGCCAAACGACCAACUCGCCGCACCGCGUUGUAAACCCCACGAUGAGCGGUGGACAGAGUCUGAUCAACACUCCAUUUUCCAGGGACCCCAGUGUCCCAGUGCACCUGCCACCGGCCGAAGCUCACCACACCCGAGCGACCGGCUCCGCCCAGCCCAACGACGAUCGCAUCCCCGCUAGACCGUUUAACGCUCAUACACCUCGCUCAAACAACUAUGAUAAUACUGAGUCCAUCCGCUCUAGAAAGAAAGUGCCACCACCCCCUAUCCCGAGCAACCAAAUGCCGAUGCAGCCUAUUAAACCGCGAAAUUACAAUAGCUACAAUACUGAGACUCGUAAUAAGAAUGCAAGUGACUGGUCAGCCGACGAUCGGAUGAACAAAAAUACAUUCAAUAACGAUCGUGUCAAUCCAAUAGCGGAGCUACAAGCACUCGGUCGAAAAAGCAACAACAACGACGAGGACGAUCCGCCCUUCAACUUCCAGGCAAUGCUGCGAAAAACAGGUCAUCAGCGCAACUCAAUGAAGCGUAAUCCCGUUUACGACAGCUACGGCGGUGGCGGUUCAACUUUCCGCUCGGACUCCAAUGUGGUCUACCGUAGUGGUGUUGGAGGCACUGCAGCAAGAAACCGAUCACCCUCGCCAGAGUGGAGCCCCAACGAAAUGGUGCGCAUGUCCGAGAAGUACGGACGCGGUGGUGCUUGGGGCGGCGGCGGCGGCGAAAGUAACGCCAACCACGCUGAAAGCGUGACUGCCGAACUUGCGCCCGGUAUCGUCGUGGAGGGCUACGCAACCGAUCUUUAAGCAACUGAGACUAUACCACUAUCUCACAUAUCGUGAAGCAUUUAUUAUCGCAUGUAGUGACUUGUACGUCUACCGCUUAUAUCCCUCCCUUUCUCCCUCUCUUUCUCACUCUUUACUCGUUUUUUUUAUCAUACGUUCGGGCGAGCAAACUUCUAAUAGACUUCAUAUUUUAGUCGUACGUUGCAUUUUUGUGCUUACACAUCGGUUCGAGAAACUAGUUGUUUGAUGAAAAUAAUAUAUUGUUGCUUAUAUUUUAUUGUUAAUUCUAUUGAGUAAUCUUCAUGUGAAAAGCGCAUGUAUGAUCGUUCCAGACUAUGAGUGUGGGACACUGGUUGAUAUAUUCAACAAACAACAUUUAUUAAAAUAACAAUUAAUUUUAUUUCAAUGUUAUAAUCUCGAUAAAAGAUGAUUGUUAAAACUAUCAUUUGUUAUCCUGUAACUUAAUUAUAAUUAUGUACACUCUUUGAGAAUGAUGUAAUUCUCUAUAUUUGAAAACUAACUUAAUUCACUGUUGUUUAUUUACAAAAUUGAUUUACGAUAACGAUUAUAAAUCGUGUCUUUUAUGGAAACAUGUGUUGUGAUCGUCCUUUAGUAAUAUGAAGCACAGUGCGUAAAUGCACGAGGAAAAAGAAAAAAUGUAUUGGCUCUGUGAGUUUUCACAAUUAUUCGUUCGACUACCGUCAAUGAAAGAAAGCCUCUUUUCUCCGAAAAAAAUACUUAAAAGUUAAAUAUACA